CACCAGGCCGGCGGGUCCCUCGGCCCCCCAAUUCCCAGCUCGCCGCUUCCAGCCCCCAUCCCCCGCCGCGGGGCCGGGGCCGCCGCCGCUUGCACUGGGGCCGCCGGGCGAGCCGCUGCCGCCGCCGCUCAGGAUGUCCGGAAAGCCCAAAGUGUACCAAGGUGUCAGGGUAAAGAUCACUGUUAAGGAGUUGCUGCAGCAGAGGAGGGCACGGCAAGCAGCAACCGGCGCAGCGGUUUCCUGGGGCAGCAACAGCAUCCAGUUUGCAGAGUCCGUGUCUCCUCCUCACCCAGCACCUUUUGAUGCAGAACCCAUCUCUUCAGCUCCCAACUAUUGCCCGUCAAGGCAGUUCUCAAACUGCCUCUCCUGUGAGGAGAGCCCCAGCCACCUGGAGCAGCUGGUGGACUCCUACCUGCAGGCGGAGGCAGCCUUCGAGCCAUCCCUGGGCACUCUGCAGACACCAUCACAUUACAUCCCUGAUUCCUUCCAGCCAGUCCCCCUUUGCUUCAACCAGGGCUUGGCUGCAGCAUCCCCGAGCCCAGCUGAUCUGCCCAACGCGCUGCCCCACGGCUGCCCCGCUUCCCAGCUGCCCCCAUUCACCCCCCUGACCCACAGCCCACCUCCUGCCCUGGACCCCAUGCCCUACGGCUGCCCAGCAGAGGGCUGGCCCUGCCACCCCCCAUCCCCCUACACACCCCUCGCCUGCUGCUGUGCUGCCUGCAGCCCCCCACACACCGACCCCAAGGUCCCACAACGUUUCCCCUGCCCUGGCACGGAUUGCUCGGGCUGCCUGCCACCCACUGACGACUUCUUCAGGAGGGACAGGAGCUGGGACAUCUGUUACAGCUAAUGGGGAGGGGCUGCACGCUGCCUUCACGUUGGCAUCGUUGCCUGGGAACUGCAUACGGUUGCACUGCCUCCAACUCAUCACUACUCGCACAUGGUGUUGCCACUACAUUCAUCCUCCUGUUUUCUGUGGUAGCUUUUUAUUUGGUCUUUAUUUUAUUCCCUGGUUUUGUUUUUUUUAAGAACUCCCCCCCAGCUGCCUUACCAAACCCGUGUCACCAACACCAGCUCUUUGUGUCACAAAUAAAUCAUUUGGUACUCACAGUGCCCAUUGCUUGUGUGCUGAAUGCCAGCAACUUUGGCUACUGAUGGAGGCUCACAAAGAUGAGGAAGAAGUCCUCAACCCCCAGCACACCUCCAGCUCUUCAGCUUCCACAGUAAUGUUCUCUGGUGGCUCUUGCAACUGAACACCUUCCCUCUGCCCAGAGCUGGAGGCACUCAAACACGUGCACUGCUGGCAGAUAGGGAACUUCCUCCAUUCUACCAAAAAAAACAACCAACAAACCCUACCAAUAUUGCUCCACCUUCACCACAACCUUCAGUGAUGCUUUCCUCUCUUCCCUGUUUUCACCUGGACAGAAUCAUAGAAUGGCCUGGGUUGAAAAGGAGCACAGUGCUCAUCCAGUUCCAACCCUCUGCUGUGUGCAGGUCGCCAACCAGCAGCCCAGGCUGCCCAGAGCCACAUCCAGCCUGGCCUUGAAUGCCUGCAGGGAUGAGGCAUCCACAGCCUCCUUGGGCAGCCUGUUCCAGUGCUCAGAGCCAGCCUGAGCACUAAACCUGCUAUAAAUAGGAGUCAGCAGCUGUGCUGCUGCUGCAGAUAAAAGUGCCAUCACCUCUGUGAUGCUCCAACACGUGUCAUUUAGUGGUGCUGGAGGUGCUUUGUUCUCUGUGGGGUUAUGGUCACCUCCUGCUCCAACGCUGCUGAGCUCCUCAAUGCCUCACACUUUGAAGUCCCUCCUCACCAACAUUAAACAGCCACGGGAGGAUAAGGCUGAGGCGAGAUGUUUGAGGCUGCUGGUGGAAAUGGGAUGACCACAUCCUCCCCGUGGGCUGGCUGCAUUAGCAAGAACUGCCAGAGUGUGUUCGUGUGCAGCAAAGGAAACAACAUGUGCCAGUGGGUUGCAAGCAUACAAGGAGAGCGCCCACGUUAGCACAGCAGGGCUGACACUGUCCCCAUCUGUUAACUAAGUCACUCUCCAUCCCUGGCUGCCAUUUCCUAUUUCCCUGCUGCACUUCUUUAUGCUGUUCUGCAGUUCCCCAUUGCAAGGGGGCUGCAGUCACCAAUCCCCAGUGCUGUGUCAACAGCUGCACACGUGCAGUGCAAGCCGAAGCUCGCCCCUUGUUGACACAAGGAUUCCUGGGCUGAUUGUGAACUGGGAGGAAAAAACAACAGAGGGGGAAACCAUUCAAAGGCUGACGGUGGAUUUUCUGGCUGUGAGGAGCACGUUAUUUCCCUGCUUUCCUCCCUUGUAAAAGCUGAUUACACGACAGUGGCUCAUGCCGUAGCUCUAACAGAACUGGCACAGCGCUACCAAGCACC